AGACUGAAUGCUCAGAAUUUCAGCGCUGCAUUUCUUCGAUUCCCGGGAAGAACUAAUACGAAAGAUUACGAUGAGCACUUCGUCUUUCAAGAAGCAAGAUCAGUCGGAUUUAAGUGCUCCGUUGCUCAAAUCACAGCUCACCGAAAUGGCCAUAUCUGAAGAUAGUAGCGAAAAGAAGAAUUUUAGUAAGAAACUUAAAGAUGUUGAAGUCAGUCUUCCAAUUGUGUAUGGUAAUAUUGCAUUCUGGCUUGGCAAGAAAGCAAGCGAGCAACAAUCACAUAGGUGGACUGUCUAUGUUCGUGGUGCAUCCAAUGAAGAUCUUGGUGAGGUGGUAAAGUGCGUUGUUUUUCAGCUGCAUUCGAGUUUCAACAAUCCAAGAAGGAUUUUGGAAACACCACCCUUUGAGUUAUCAGAAUCUGGAUGGGGUGAAUUUGAAAUUGUCAUUACUCUUUACUUCCACAAUGAUGUUUGCGAUAAGCCAUUGAGCUUAUAUCAUCAUUUGAAGUUGUACCCAGAAGAUGAAUCUGGUCCUAUGUCAACAAAGAAGCCUGUUGUUGUGGAAUCCUACGAUGAGAUUGUGUUCCCUGAGCCUUCUGAAGCUUUUCUAGCCCGUGUGCAAAACAAUCCAGUCAUAAAUUUCCCAAGAUUACCAGCUGGCUAUACUUUGCCUCCUCCUGUACCAGCUGAAGUUGAUAGCAAAAAAAAGAGAGGUGACAUCAAAGAUCAUUCCCUAAACCAAUGGUUCACAAGUUUCUCAGAAGCAGAUGAGUUAUUACAACUUGCAGCAGCUCGCCAGCAGGUACAUGUUCAUAUUGCCAAGCUUAAACGACAAAUAAGAAUGCUUGAUGGGCAAAAUCAACUAUCAAAAUCUGUCUCCGACCAGUAAGAUUGUACAUUAUUCCCCACACUUUCUUUCGGCAUUUGAGAUUUUUUUUUUCUCAAACUGGAUUAGCAAAAAAGCACCACACAAUGGAAUAAACCAUAGUUUCACUCUCUUUACUUUUCUUCCUGCUCUUUACUAUUCUUUCUUCACUACUUUUCUUUCAAUUGCUUUCUUUUCUUUCCUGUCACAAUUUGCUUGAUAUCUUUUAAUGAAAGGAAAUGUGUACUACUUCAUCAUCA